ACAUUUAGAUAGAGAAGUGUUUGCCAUGUGCCUGGAGUUGUACCAGUAACUGUAUGUUUUUGUUUAAAAGUGAUUCAUCCUGAGCGUUUUGCCUUUUUUUGUCAGGUUUUCCGCCCUGGUUCGUCUUUUUUGGUAUCGUAAGAAUUAGCUUAACCUGACAACCUCACCCACGCGCCAGUCUGAAGUAGUGAAGAGUAGAGAAAUGCACCCUGACGUCACUGCGCCUGUGUUUGUUCGAGAUUAGACUUGACCAUGAUAUAGAGCAAAGCACAAAGGUGUGGACAGCGAUCUGCACGCGAGGCAAGCCAUCAGAAAAUGGACUGGCCAUUGUUGUCUACAGUCUGUGUCUGCCUGGUAGGACUUUGCACUGGGGAUGUGACGGAUUUUACUAAUGGCUUUGUGGUGGAGGUGAAGACUGGAAUUGAUAGUGUGAGGUCUUUGGCUGAAGAGCAUGGAUUCUACAUUGAUGACGUGAUCCCAGACCUGGAUUUGUAUCAUCUAAUACACCCAGAAGUGGAACACAGGUCCAAGAGAAGUGCUGAUCACCAUCUGGGUAAACUUCAUAAUGACCCUAGGGUGACGUAUGCAGCUCAGCAGAGACAUCUGGUGAGAGAGAAGCGUCGUCGUAACAUCAUCUACGACAAACAGCGGGAUUUUGAUUACAAAGAAGUGGCGAAUAAGUCCAUAUACCAGAGAUACCUGCCUGAUGAGGACAGCCGACUGAACACUAAGGAUAACCUGGGCGUGGUACGCAUGGAGAUGAAGUUUUCUGACCCUUACUACCCGGAUGAGUGGUAUCUGAUUAACAAAGGUCAAUCAGGCGGUCUACCAGGAAUGGACCUCAAUGUACAAGUGGCUUGGAAGAUGGGAUUUACGGGCAAAGGGGUGGUCACAUGUAUCCUUGACGAUGGUAUAGACCACACCCACCCAGAUUUGAUUGACAACUAUGAUCCUGAAGCCAGCGCUGACUUUAAUGACAACAACGACAAUGAUCCCAUGCCUAGAGAUGACGAUCCGUACAACAGCCAUGGAACCCGCUGUGCUGGUGAGAUUGCUGCCAAGGCUAACAAUGACAACUGUGGAGUGGGUGUGGCUUAUGAUGCAAGAAUUGGAGGUGUAAGGAUGUUAGAUGGUGGAGUGACAGACUUCCUAGAGGCCAGUGCUCUGUCGUUCAAACAGAACUACGUGCAUGUGUUCAGCGCCUCCUGGGGACCACGGGAUGAUGGGAAAACUCUGGAGGGACCAUACCCACUGGCUGUCAAGGCUUUUGAGAAUGGGGUUCUCAAGGGCAGGAACGGACUGGGCAGUAUAUAUGUGUGGGCUACAGGUAAUGGAGGACUGACCAAUGAUGACUGCAACGCUGAUGGUUAUGUGUCCAGACCAGAAACUGUGUCCAUCGGCUCAGUGAAUGAUCGGGGUGCCCGCCCAUACUUUAUGGAAGUCUGCCCCUCCACGCUGGCUGUAGUCCCCACAGGUGGAUACGAGACACCCAGCGAGAUGAACAUGCAGCAUCAACCAAAGAUCAAAGUGGUAACCACAGACCUGCACAAGGAGUGUACCCUGGGAUUUCAGGGCACAUCCAGCGCUGCUCCUAUGGCUGCUGGAUGCAUAGCGCUAGCUCUACAGGCAAACCCCCAUCUGACAUGGCGUGAUGUGCAGCACAUUGUUGUCAACUCUGCCCGCAUCACUAUCAACGAUGGUAGCUGGAUUCAGAAUGGGGCAGGUUUCCAUGUCAGCCCUAACUUUGGCUUCGGGGUCCUGGACUGUAGCCGAAUGGUGAUGCUGGCCCAGAAUUGGACCAGUGUCCCUCACAGACAUAUCUGUAAGAGCCCUCUACAAAACAAUAAUAGAGAGUGGGGUAACUUGACUUUGACCCUUGAGACAGAUGCCUGCACUGGAGAAGAUGAUCAGUAUGUUAAUUCCCUGGAACAUGUACAGGUUACUGUCAAACUGAAUCUGACCUAUCGCGGGGACUGUCAGAUAUUCCUGCAGUCUCCCCAGGGGACGAGAUCAGAGAUGCUGUCCCCGAGACCCGCAGACAACAGCACAGAGGGUAUAGAAUUCAUUUUCACCACAGUCCAGAUGUGGGGGGAGGACCCCAGGGGUACAUGGACCUUGAUGGUACGGGAUCGUGGCGGGAACAGUGGGAGAGUGAAUGAAGGUCUGAUGGAACACUGGGGCCUCAUAUUACAUGGUCAUGAUGACCAGAAUUACUCCCAGCGUAGGAGAGUUCAGAAAAAGUCUUACAUUCCCGACAAGACAGAGGUAGAUCUUAUUAUGUCUAGGGAAAGGGAGCAGUCGUUGACGGUCAGCGUAAGACAGUUUGAUGAUGGUACAGUGGAGAAACACGGCGCUCUCCAUAUGGACACCAAACCAGACACCAAGCUAGACACCGAUGUGAGCCUCAGUCCAGAGGAAAUAAAAACACUGUCAGAUUUGCUGGACGCUUUUCAGAAGAAGAAGGGGAAGACAACAAAGAAUCAUCUGAAGCGGAUGCUAGAGUCCGUCCUGAACAAGAAGGCUGUAGAGGAGAAAGAAGACCGAAAGAAGUCUCCUCUGGAAUGCAUUUCGAAGGAGUACCCAAAUCUGCUCGCUGACAUCAGCAAAAGAAUUGACUCACUGUUACAGAACAUCAGAGAUUCAUUUAACUCUAAGGGAACAAAUUUGAAACUAAAGAAAAAAUCUGAUAAUACUGAGGAGUCCGAUUUGAAAAGACUUGUUCUCCCAAUGAAAGUGCGCAAGAAAAGUCAACCUGUGGAACAUAAAGAUAGUCUCCGGGAAGCAAUGGACAGGAUACAACAGCUAAUAAAAGACUGGGAAUAAUGGGUGUAAUGAUUGGGAUAUGCAGUUGGGGCCAAUCAUACAGACGGUUGACGGUAUCCUGGUUCUUGAGGCAGCUGAAGCUUACUGUUAAAAAGGGGAGAAAUUUCUUUUUUUUGUUAUGUAGCUUACUUGUACUAGCAGUGUAAAGCACUGAUGCCAUUCAGAUCACUGAUUGGUCGGUUCACAUGUACCGUUGACUUUCAGCGUUCACAUUUGUUAUAAUUUUUCCGAUACUAGUGCAGAGUGUUGAAUCGGUCCAAAAACGUAAUUAAAUUUUAAUUCUUGUGAAAGUACACCUUGGACUGUUGCACAAAAGUGAGCGUUUACGAUGCAUUUAAAGUAACCAUGGAAGAAAAUUCAAGAUGGCGUUAAAACUACGCACCAUAGUGUCAUAAAUCUUUUGUCAGGAAAUUGAAGUAUCUAAUAUAUCUCAACUUAUAGGAAUGGUGGUUUGAUUAUUUUGACUUGAGAAGUUAAAUGUAGAAAUCUUAAACAGAGGUAACAGUAUGUUAUAAAGCAAAUGGCUGGGAUGGAAUGGUGUGUACUGUUUUGUUGUAGAGUUUCACCUGAAAACUUCACAUAAUUAACAUAUAUGGAACCUUGUGUUUAUAUUUUUAACUGACCAUUAUGAAGUAAGACAAAAUGGUUAGGUUGUGUGGGGGUGGGGGGUGAGGGGUGCGGUCUUUAGUUUUGUGUAGUUCACCUAAAGUUUGAUUUAAAUCUGAUAAUCAGAACACUAGAGGACUUUUGCUGAGGAAAUGAAAUUUCAGGGAUUUGAUAAAGUUCACCGAACAAGGUUUAUUUAGUUAACACACUGAAGGAGAGUAAUUUGUAAGGUAGCAGGCAUGUGUUGAAUUAAUCUUAAUGUUCAAUGUUAUUGUAAUUGAGAUUCUCACAAGCCUUGUUUAAGUUCAUUUGCUAUCAUCUCCCCCUCCCCUCAACCCCACCCUUGGGAUGCUGUAUUUUUCAUCAGUACAUUUUUAUGUGGAAGACUGUCUCAUAGUUCAGCAUUUGCGCACUAACAAUAUUAGCCAACAAUACUUGAUUUAGUGAGAUCUUUUGCUGAUCUUAUUUAGCUUAGUGUUGCAAAAUAUGUCAGUUAGAUAUUUUCAAAACAACAACUUGUUAAUUACCGACCAGUUAAGACUGUGCCACAUGAAUAGCUCCUGUCAUUGACCAAUACCUUAUAAAUAUAGUCAGAUGUAUAAAAACAAAAAAUUUACAAUAAUUAAUUUGAUCCCAAUUGCAAAAGACUAAUAUGAAUAAUUUGUCACAACAGAACUAUAGUUGGGUUGGCUUUGAUUUGACCUGUGUUAACCGGCCUGUUAUGUCCCCUCCCCACCCUUAAUACUCUUGUAUGCUUAAUUACUGAGACUACCAGAUGUCCUAAGGUAUACAAAGUCAUCCGAUAAUGUCGUUAAUGAAAUUGUGAUACGGCUUGUUAGUGAUUGCCUUGAGCCAUGCAUGCUUUUUUGUCCAUGACCUAUGUUUUACAGCUGUUUGUAAAUAUCCUAAGAAUUGAAUUGUCCCAUAUAUAUUUUUGUUAUCAUCCUUUAAGAGCUUUAAUACUAUUUUUCAGGGAUGUACAGCAUUUAUAUUUCCACACUUUUCCACCAAGAUUUGUGUUCCUUUUAUGAAAUUUUCUUCCAUGCUUAGUGAUGUGUACACAUAUUAGUGGAUUAUCUUUCAAGUAUAUUUGAAAACUGGAUAGAGUGUUUAUUUACUUAUAUAUACUAUAUAAUUUCUUCAUGGGUAUUUUGUUUUUGAGUUUGAAGUCAUUUAUUUUUGUAUUAUAGUGAAAAUAAAUGUAAGUUUUCUGUAAGUACUUUUGUACUGAGACAAUUACAGUGUAUAAAAUGACAAAUAUAUUCAAUAGUUUAAAUGCAGACCUGACAACUAUAUUCAAUUAUAUACACACCUUUACUGUUUUAGCUGGUGUCAGCAGGUAUUUAUGACUGUGAAUGGAACUCUCACUGGUCUCCCUGCAGCUCUAUGUAGCUCUGUGUAUCCUGAGGUUUGUCCAGUUUCUGACUCUCAGGUUUCCCAUAUCAGUAAAUGCCACUGCCCUCGUAUAGGAUAUGAGGGUAUGUAAUCAAAAUCAAGUAAGCAAGUUUUUUUGCGGGGCUUUCCUUUCAUGAAAAUAUGUGUAAUAAAUUAGAGCCUGUAUUUGGUCCAGUACUGUUGUUUUAACGAAGCUACUGUAUAUGUUGUGUAAUGCAGUUUUCACUUUAGCUCUCGUCAUACCAACUUCAUGCUGACUUACAUGUAGGACUAUCUCUUUAUCUUCAGGCUAGAGGUUUAUUAUAUAACUUACUUCUAACCAAUGUAGACAAACAUGCGCGUGACGGGAAAGAUUGAAAUCAUUGCUAAUUGAAGCUUUGAAAAUUGAGUGUAAGUUGUUGUUUUUG